UAUAAAUGGAAGCAUUUGGCCUGAUUUAACUGUCGAGGAAAAAGCAUCAGUUGACUUCCAGAUGCCAGCUGCUCUUAUGGACAACUUUGACAGGGGAAGUCCUUUCUCACAAAGUGAUUCUCAAAGUCCUCAAGACUGGAGCAUACAGUCAGAUGGCCAUAAACAUCAGCGGAGAGAGAAGAACAAAGAUGCAGCUCGCAAGACUCGUAGAAAACAGACAGAAAAGGCAGACAUAUUGCAUGAGGAACUCCAAACUCUAGAGCAGUCAAAUGCUGCAUAUGUGAAAGAAAUCGAUGAACUGAGGAAGGAGCUUCAAAUCUACACCACUGCUUUGGAACAACAUGAACCUCAUUGCACUAAACUGUCCGUAUGUGGACCAUCACUACCCAUUAGUGUUGGUCCAUCCACAGCAACACCCCCUACCUCAGAUUUCACCUUUGUGUCUGAACCCAACCCCUUGCAGGACGUUGAAUUAUUAUUGGCCUCUCCACAUAAUGCAGUAGACUUCUCUAUAACAGACCUCCUUGACAGCAGCGAUUGGUCUUCUUGGGACUUUUGAAUGGUGAUGGGAGCUUACAGCAAUUUUGAAACAUAUGACAAAAUGAGAUGAUAUAUCAGUUAUGUUGUAACAUUGUCUCACGAGAAUUUGUCACAAUACU